CCGACCAGUUGCUCUGGAGGACAAACUACAAAGUAUAGAGACGGAGGCCUUCCCCUGAUCUUGCCUCUUGGCACUGAUAUUCAGAGGCUUGCUGCCUGUGAAUGUGGAGAUUGUCUGUGAUAUGGGAUGAGCAGAUAAGCCAGCAUCAAUGCAGCCAAACAGGAGGCGCAAAAUAGAAUGGGACAGCUCAUCUGUUGGCUCACCCACCAAAUAUUUCAAGUCCACCAAAGGACUCCCUCAUCCUUCCCCUAACAGCAGCUUGGCCAACGAGAGAGCUGUGUUAAGAAAGACUCCGAUCUUGCACUCUCCAGAAUCUUCUUAUAAAGAGUUCUCAAGAACUUCAUUUGCAGCAGAAGAUUCUUCCUCUGAUGACUUUGAAACGGAUGAUGAAAUUGACAACGUGGUUAAGGAGACCCAGAGUUGUUCCUCUUCCAGAGGAGUGCAUCUUGUAAACCGUUCUGUUUCUGAAAUGUCCAAGAGAAGUGUGGUUUCCUCUCAGGAAUCCUUGAAACAUGAGGUUAAACAAGAUGCUUGCAGUGAUGCAGGCCGAAACCUUGCACGCAGCACUGAGAGCAAAGAUGUAUCAAAGGAUGCAGGGCCUGAAUAUGGCCGUAAGAAAACAGAGAACCGGGGAGCUGCAUUAAUUUACCAAAAAGCUCUGCUAGGUGCAUUAGGGAAAGCAUUGUCAGCCAAACGAGAUGCAGCAUCUCCAAAUGGAAUUCACGUGAACAGCCUUCAUCGCAGAAAAGAAGCUUCUGGACCAGGGGACAACUUGAGACGUCUGUCUGCAGGGGGAGAAGAUCCCAGCUGUAGCAAAAGUACACAAAAAGAACAAAUUAAUAUCUGUGUCCAGCAGGAUAAAAAAGACUCUCAUGGGUCAGAUGGUAGCUCAAGACGUGUAUCUGUAGUUUCAAGAUCAGAAAGAGAAGCGGAAUUUAAACCAGAAUCCAGUUUUCAGAAAGCUAGUGCAAAAGAAGAAAAUGACAGUUCUAACCGCAGUGGAAAAGAGGAUGCCAGACCAGGACGCAGCUCAAGGCAUGCCCCUGGAACAUUGAGACUUGAAGAUGAACCAGAGCUUACACGAGAACUGAAAAACCAGAGUAGUCCAGCAAGAGAGGACAUUAAUACCUCUGUUGGGCAAAAUAAAAAAAAACUUCGUAGAUUCAACAGCAGUUCUGAAGAUGUGGCUAACUUCUCAAGACUUGAAGGGGAGCAAAAAGUAUCACACAAACAGCAAAGUAAAAUUGCUGGAGAAACUGAUUGCGCCAGACUGAGUAAAAAAGAAUCUUGGACACCUGAAAACAACUCAAGGCGUGUCUCUGAAGGCGCAAGACAUGAAGGCGAAGAAGUGUUCAAGUCUGGGAGCAGCAAUCAGAAGACUGCUGCAAAAGAAUCUGGUGCUUCCACAAAGCAGAAAAAUGUGACAAAAGAACAGUGCACUGCCCCCAGCUCAGUUGACAUACACAGUGAAACAAAAAUUAAGUUUGAGAAUUUCCAGAGGACAGUUCUUGUUGAACCUUCUUCAAAACUUGUAUUUGUGGAUGAGCACGAUUCAGAAGUAGACCAAAAGCGUACAGAGCAAGAAAAAGAGCCUUUAGCGGGAAGUGACUGGUCUGAUACGGAGGAUGCAGAACCAUUGACUACCAUCUCUCAAGAGGAUUCUAUCCCGGGUCACAAUGCUUCUGGAACAAAAGACACUCCAGCAUUGACCACAGAGGUCGUGAUGUAUCCUCCUCACCUGUAUGGUCAUAAGAUGAAAGACUAUGCAAAAUAUUGGACAAAGACCCCCAAGCCAGAACAUUGUAGUCCUUUUUCAAGCCCCUGUGAAGAUACUCCAUUUGAUAGUUCGUAUUCUAGUCAGCUCUGUGACAUUUCUUUAGAUACCUCCGUUGCUAUUUCAUCGAAUACCUCAAAGGAUGAAGAAUCGUCAUUGGAAGAAGUGCGUCGUAGGCCACGUUCACUUGGUUCUUCACUGUUCUGUGAGAAGAAACAUAGACGGCGAAGUAUGGAAGCAGGACCAUACAUUCCUAUUUUCUCCACACCAAGCAAAUUGGAUUCAUCUGUUACUAACCCUGCAGGGCACAGUUUGCCUGAUGACCUGCCCAGGUAUUUAGAAGAAGGAUUUAUUGACACCCACUGCCAUCUGGACAUGUUGUAUUCAAAAAUGGCUUUUAGGGGCACCUUUUCUAAAUUUAGAAUGGUUUAUGAUACCACCUUUCCUGAAGAAUUUGAAGGCUGUAUAGCUGACUUUUGUAAUCCUCGUACCUUGAAUGACUCCUUAUGGGAAGAUUUAUUAAAGGAAGACAAGGUUUGGGGGGCAUUUGGCUGUCAUCCACACUUUGCACGCUAUUACUCAGAUCUUCAUGAACGAAAUCUCUUGCAGGCAAUGAGGCACCCCAAAGCUAUUGCCUUUGGAGAAAUGGGACUGGAUUACUCUUAUAAAUGUAGUACUGAAGUUCCAACUCAACACAAGGUAUUUGAAAGGCAGCUGAAUCUAGCUGUAUCCUUAAGGAAGCCAUUGGUAAUUCAUUGCAGAGAUGCUGAUGAUGAUCUGCUGAAGAUCAUGAAAAAAUGUGUACCGAAAGACUACAAAAUACACAGGCAUUGCUUUACUGGUAGAUACAAUGUAAUAGAACCAUUGCUGGACUACUUCCCAAACCUGACUGUAGGAUUCACUGCAUUGCUGACUUAUCCAUCAGCAAAUGAGGCUAGAGAAGCUGUUGAAAAAAUUCCUUUAAGCAGAAUAGUAGUAGAAACAGAUGCACCUUAUUUCCUUCCCAGGCAGGUUCCGAAAAGUGUGUGUCAGUAUUCACACCCAGGAGUUGCUCUGCACACAGUGAGAGAACUUGCCCGCCUCAAGGAAGUGCCAUUAUCCAUUAUGUUGGCUGCUCUAAGACGAAACACCAAAAAAAUAUAUGACUUGUAAGAAAGUGCAAGAACGCCUAGAAGAGAGGUGCUGCAUAAAUGCCGGUUUGAAGUAACAGCCUCUUAAAGUGAUUAUUCUGUAAUGCAGAUGGAUAGUUGGGGUUCACAGUGCUGUGGAUAAGCCUGGGUCUACUGAGAUGUCUGACAGGAGUAAGGUAUCAAGCGCUUAGAAGAAAAAGGUCACACAUUGAUCUCGUUUGUUGUCUUAAGGUGCCUUAUUGUUGAUUUUAGUCAGAAGUGACUUUCCUUUUAAUUUACCCAUCCUUGGAGGCAGCAAAGAACACAGUAUUGGCUUUUUAAUUUUUGUUUCAAUUUUAUGACAGAACGUUUUAUAAGGUCAACUUCCAAUUGCAUAGGACAGGCCUAGGUGUAGUUGAUGUAGAGAGUAGCGGCUUAGCCUCUUCACAAAAGGAAUGGUGCUUUCAAAUCAUAAAGGCCAUAUUGGAGUGUUGCUCUUAGAACAGACCACCAGGUCAUUGCCAUAGCGUGCCUCCUUUGUCGUUCACCAUAGUUAAAACACUUUUUCACCUGCUAGUGUGUGUGUGUAGCAGUAUCCUUAAUGGAGUAAUGAAGUGCAUUUCCUGUGUAUGAUAGCUGAAAUUCUUUACAUCUGUGUAAGCACAAUGAUCUUCUCAAGCACUGGUUGAACACCGUGUGGCAAAAAUUACUUUUUAAAGAGAACUGAGACUGUGCAUACUGUUUAAUGAGCUAAUGGUGGAAGACACUGUGACGGGGAAAGCCAGAUGCAUGGAAAAAUAAGUGAAAAUAGAAAUCUCAAGAUUUUCAUGUAAAACAAUGGCUAAAAUUUUAGUUUCUUUUUAUUAGUUUUAGCCUCUUCAAUUGACUUAUUUGAUAAGGGGAAAUUAUUCCAUUUUAUAUAAUUGAUUUUAAAUAUUAUUUGGCCUUUAAAGAGUUUAUUUGUAAAUGUAUUUUUAUAUAAAUAAUUGUACACUUUGUUUAUAUAAUUGACUCCUGUCAGUGAGGCAACUAAUUAAAACCUUGUAGUCAUUAACAUUGAAAACAAGUGGUGGUUCUCCAUCUUUCUGUUGCCUUCAGUCCAGGAAUUCCAUGUUAUAUGCAAAAGUUCUUCCUGUAAGUACCUUUAUUCCCAUUGUUAAAAGUAUUUUCCAGUGUUUGUGGAAAUGGAAAUAGCAUUUCAGGAAACUUUUUUCUUUGUGUAUAUGCAGGAAUGACAAUAAAACCAU